UUUUUUUGCAACAAAAAGAAUCAUCAAUAUCUUCAAGCGGCCGUCGAUUAAUGGCGGCGGGGUAGAAGAUUUGCUAUUCCGAAGAUGCGCAACCUUAAAACCGUGCGCCUCGCUGAGGUGCAACUGCAGAACGAGCUCCCUCUAACAGCGACAGCUUGGGAUACUGCUUCUGACGCCGUCGUUUGUACCUUUGGUCCUACAGCAAAUAACGCAGUUAUCGAGCUGCGGAGGAAGCGUCAUGACGCCCAUUUCUCAGAUCCUGUCGGAGCCGAUGUAUUCGAGUGCAUCGCAUCCUGGGAUGCGCCAUGCCCGCUUCCCGAGCUGGAAUGCGAUCGCGUACUGUCCCUCCACUACUUCGCAGACAACCUGACUGCCUGCCUGGUUCUGGAAGGUGGUGAUAUUGUCAUCGUGCGCGAAGAGCCUCUCCCCGGCGAGGACAAGAUUGAGAUUGUCGGCUCGGUUGAUGUUGGUAUCACAGCCGCCGCUUGGUCGCCUGACGAGGAGCUUCUGGCCUUGACUACUCGAGCCAACACUUUCCUGUACAUGACUAGAGAGUUUGAAAAUGUUGCCGAGAUCACCUUGACACAAGAAGAUCUCAAAGCUUCCCAGCAUGUCUCCGUGGGCUGGGGCAAGCGCGAGACUCAAUUCCAGGGUAAACGGGCCAAGGCUCUCCGUGAUCCUACCAUCCCAGAGAAAGUGGACGAAGGCAAGUUGAGCGCCACUGAUGACGGAAGAACCACCAUCACUUGGCGCGGAGAUGGUGCUUAUGUCGCUGUGAACAGUGUUGAGGCUGGCGUACGCCGCGCGAUUCGGGUCUACUCACGGGAGGGUGCUUUAGAUAGUAUCAGUGAGCCAGUCGAUGGCCUGGAAGGUGCCCUUAGCUGGAGGCCAUAUGGUAACCUUAUCGCCGGCAUCCAGAGACGCGAUGAUAGAAUCGAUGUGGUGUUCUUUGAGAGAAACGGCUUGCGCCACGGCGAGUUCACUCUCCGUCUUACAGAGGAAGAGCGCUCGGCAUGGGCUUCGGAUAUCUCUCUGAGCUGGAACGUCGACUCCACUGUUCUCGCUGUUCAGCUCAGAGAUCGUGUUCAAUUCUGGACAAUGGGCAAUUACCACUACUACUUGAAGCAGGAGAUCCCUAUCGUUAGUAACUCCGGUUACGCCAGUCCUUUCACCUUCACGUGGCAUCAAGAAAAGGCCUUGCGGUUCUUUGCUGGCGCUUCUGAAUCAAUGUUGGACGUGGAGUUUGUGUUUGACGUCGCCCAUGGCUCCACUACAAGCCCGGCUGAUGUUGGUGCCGUCGGUGUUGUAGACGGGAAAAUCUUGAAGCUGACUCCCUUGAGGCUGGCCGGUGUUCCGCCCCCUAUGGCCCACAAUGAAUUGACACUUGAUUCGAACAUCAUUGACGUGGCAUUCAGCAAGUCAGGAACGCGCAUUGCUAUCCUCGAGAACGAUCGGUUCUCUGUCUUUAUCUGGGCCCUCAAGACUAGACCAGUCCCUGUCCCCAUACUUGAGUCCAGCUAUCCACUUUCAGAUGCACCGAACAGUCGACCUCGCCAGAUUGCUUUCAUCAAUGAGACUGAAGUCUUCGUGCUCAAGAGCAGUGUGCCUAAUAACACCUGCAUAGAGCGGACUACGCUUGAGACCCGGGAGACUAAGGUUGCCUACCAAGCAGCUGACUCGGAACAAAUCAUGUCAAUGUUCGCAUCUCUCGGGCAUGAAUCGCUCUGGUUCUCUCACAUUCUAGGACCAACCCAACCGAUCACCUACUCCUACAUCUCAAUGCCCUCCCCAAACCAGUUCGAAGUUAUGCCAUGGAGCCAAAGUCCCUCUGCGGAGACGUACUGGGCGCAAGCUGUGCAGAUCUCUGAAGAUGAGACUCUUCUUAUCUCUCUGACCAAGUCGGGGGCUUUGUAUGCCAACAAAACCCUUCUUGCCAAGAACUGCACUUCCUUCCUUCUCACACAAGCUCAUAUCAUCUUCACCACUUCCUUACACUUGAUUAAAUUCGUCCACCUGAGGAGAGCAGAAGAAAUGGAUGUACCUCCUGAUACCCCGGAAACGGACGAACGCUGCAGAAGCAUCGAGCGCGGAGGACGGUUGGUCACGGUUAUGCCUUCGACAUUCGCUGUCAUUUUACAGAUGCCUCGCGGCAACAUCGAAACCAUAUACCCUCGGGCCCUCGUGCUUGCCGGCAUCCGGUCGUUCAUUGACCGCAAGAAUUAUCGUGCAGCGUUCCUGACCUGUCGUAGUCAAAUGGUGGACAUGAACAUCAUUCAUGACUAUGCACCCGAGCAGUUCAUGGAGAGCAUCCAACUUUUCGUUGACCAGGUCAAGAGAAUCGACUUUAUCGACGAGUUUAUCUCUCGUUUGAGUGAGGAGGAUGUGUCGCAGACGCUGUACAAAGACACGCUAAAGAAGAAGGCCGAAGACCCCGCCCUUGCUGCUCUAUCCGCUCCCUCUAGCAAGAGCAGUAAAGUUAACCGGAUUUGCGAUGCUUUCCUGACCACUCUUGAAAAGCGAUUGGAUACCAACCUGCACAAUUUGAUUACUGCUCACGUCUGCAAGUCUCCGCCUGACCUCGAGGCCGGUCUUCAGCUGGUUGCGCGGUUGAGAGAGGAAAGUUCCGAACAAGCCGACGACGCGGUAGAGCAUAUGUGCUUCUUGACAGAUGCCAACCGUCUGUACGACAAUGCACUGGGCCUCUAUGACCUCGAACUCACCCUACUUGUUGCCCAACAAGCCCAGAGAGAUCCCCGCGAGUAUCUUCCGUUCCUGAGGAAGCUGCAACAGAUGCCCGAACUCCGACGCCAAUUCGAGAUCGAUAACUACUUAGGACGCACUUCUAAAGCCCUGAAACACCUCCAUGCACUGAACGCUCAUGACGAGCUCCGUGCCUAUGCCAUCAAGCACACGCUCUAUAAGGAUGCCAUCGAUCUGUACAGAUACCAGGCCGAGCAACUACGUGACAUGAGUCACCUCUACGCUGACCACCUGUUCGAUCAGUCCAAGUACAAGGAAGCAGGGAUUGCCUACGAAUCCCUCUCGCUCUACACCGAUGCAUACAAAUGCUACCACCUGGCCCACCUCUGGCGCGAGUCCAUCUACUGCGCCACGAUGGUGCCCCUCCCCGCCGAGGAACUCGCCACGCACGCCAGCAGCCUGGCCGCCACCCUCACCGAAGAGAUGAAGGACUACGUUGCCGCGGCGCAGAUCCACGCCGACCACCUCCGCGACAUCCCUACGGCGGCGCGCCUCCUCUGCCGCGGGUCGAAGUUCUCCGAGGCGACGCGCCUUUUGGCCUUGCACGGCCAGCAGGCGCUGAUCCCGGAGAUCGUCGACGGCGGGCUCUCGGACGCCAUGGGCGCCAUGACCGACCUGCUGGCCGACUUCCGCUCGCAGCUUAACGCGCAGGUGCCUCGGAUCCGCGAACUGCGCGUCCGCCGCGCCACGGACCCGCUGGCCUACUUCGGCGGCGACCCCACCCUGGGCGGCGGCGGGGAUGGCAAUGUCGACAUCCCUGACAACGUCUCCCUGGCGCCGACGGACGCGUCCACGCUGGCCGGCCGCUCCAUGUUCACCCGCUACACGGGCAACACGGGCAAGACCGGCAAGACGACCUCGUCGCGUCACACGUCCAAGACCCGGCGCAAGGAGGAGCGCAAGCGCGCCCGCGGCAAGAAGGGCACCGUCUACGAGGAGGAGUACCUCGUCAACAGCGUGCGGCGGCUCCUGGAGCGCGCCAACUCCACCGUCGGCGAGGUCGAGGCCCUCGUCGAUGCGCUGCUGCGCCGCGCCAUGCGCGAGCGCGCCGCCGCCAUCGAGAAGGCCAUGCAGGAGGUGCUGAAGCUGUGCACGGAAAGUCGCGAGGAGGUGUUUGGCGCUCUGGUGGCCGCGACCGACAGGCCCAAGGGGGAGGCAGAUGGGGAGCUCGAGAAUGCGGAUCUCGGCGGGUUUGGCAAUGGCGAAGAGCCCUUGGGGAUGGGCGGCGGCGGGCAGAGCGUCUUCUGGGACAGUGUGACUGCCACUGCCAAUGUGGGCAAGGGCAAGGAGGUGCCUGCUGUCAAGGAGCUGAAGUUGUCGGCUUUGCUCAAUUAGAACGAAACUUUUCUCGGUAAGGCAUGCUGGUCCGUGUACCUGGAAGCCUGCUUGGUGGUCUGUC